UAUAUACAUCCUCCUGCCAUCAUCAUCAUCAUGUAUUCGACAAAAACAGAUAUCGCAAGUAAGUAAACGGAGGCGGCUUCGAAAUUAGGAGGAAGCAGAUCGCUAAUCUGUCUCUGUAUCGAUCGAUACGCUUCGUUGCUUGUGUCCGGAUCUCCUUGCAGGACGUUCAAAUCAAUUAUAAUUUAGCCAUGCUAUCAGAGGCGCUUUACCAUGCUGAGCAGAAGGCUAGAGAAGAAGCAGUCGCAAUGACAUCUAAAUUUCAGAAAGAAAUGCUUAUGAAGGAGAAGGAGAAGGAGAAGGAAAGGAAGGAGCAAGAAUUACAGGCAUUAGCAGCAAAGGCACAAUCUGAUGAGAAAACUGGUGUGGCUCCCCCAUCUGCCAUUCCAAUUGCAUCUGAGAAUGGUGUGAUUGAUGGUGCCAGUAUGACAGGGGAUUAUGAAACAGUGAGGAGGGAUAAGGACAUGCCAAAAAAGACAAGGGAGGAAAGGGAAGAGCAGGUACGGCGGGAGAAAAUUUGUGAAGAGCGACCUCAAGAGAGGGAGAGGGAAAGAAGGUUAGAGGAGGCCGAAGAUGCUGCAAUGGGAAAAAGGCGUAAGAUUACAAGAGACAGGGAAUGUGAUAUUAGUGAGAAGGCUGACCUUGCCGUGGCUUCAGCUGGAGCUGCAAGAGGUGGACAUAAUAAGAUUACAAUGUUUGAUCGAAGUUUGUCCGUGUUGGACCAAACCUUGUAUAGGCGAAAGAUAGAUGCUGAUGAUAUGGAUAUGUAUGUAGGUGUAGAAGAUGAGCGGUUGGAUGCUGAAGAAGCUGAUGAUCCAUUUGGUUUGGAGGUCUUGAAAGAGCUAGAGGAAAAGGCAAGAGCUGGGCCUGAUAGCUAUCUUGGUUCUUACUUAACUUUUUUAAACGAAGAGUAGCUUCACCUCCUAGUCCUUAAAUAAUAAGUUUGAUGCUUGACGUAAAUCUCCCAGUGUUUCUUCGUAAUCCUUUAUAUUUCGUUUCUUGUAGUCGAUCCCUCUUAUCGAAAAGAAACACUGGGAGAACCAGUGCCUGCUGAUGUAAGCGAUAGCUAUCAUGCAAUCGUUUCCUUGUUUUACA